AUGCCGCGGUUACUAGGAUCGUCUGUACGAGAAAGGGUGAUGGCCAUAGAAGGCAGCGGCUCGAAAGAGUUCAAAGAACCUGCUGGAAUCCGUACUCACUACAUCCCCGAAGUAAAACACGUCAAUCGACGACUUCAAACGUAAUUUUUUCUUCGUUCAAUUGGAAAGACUCUUCAGAGUGUCUUUCAGUAUAAAAUCAGCAAUUUCUGAUACUUUUUCGGUAAUUUGAGCAUAAGAUAUGGUUUUCCGCUAUUGUUGAAAAAAAAGGUAUCAUUUUUGAAACAGUGGUCUUAAAAACGAAUUGGCCGAGCAGGCUGAUACUUUCUAAAAUCUCAGGUGAACAUUCGAAAAGUUUCUGGGCGGAUUUUAGAAUGAUUUACGAAGGAAAAUUAACCUGAGAAAUAAUCAUGACUUGAACUAUACUUUUCUGCUUAUUAAUUUAUUUUUUCUUCCAUUUUUUGGCUCAGAUUGUUUUCCAAACUGCGGAGAGGAUUUGAAAAUCUGAAAUUUUUUGCAUGAUCAUAGCAGUCCCAGAACUCAUAAAAAAGCAGAUCACAAAAGGCUACUAGGAAAUUAGAAAAAGCAAGCUGAAGGGAAAAGAAAGCGACGGAAACGCGUCAAGCCUUUUCAAACCGCUUUUGAAUUAGAGACGCAUUCAAACCCGGGAAAGACGUCACUUCCCAAAAUAUCAGCUAAUUUUAACAAAAUGGGUGGUGGCAUAUAGAUAGCCAAAGAUAGCGUGAUAUGCUAGUAGGGACGAAAAUACGCCGAGGGCGAUCAAAUAUUCGAAUAGGCAAAAAGCAUGUGUACAUGAGGUAUGAGAUAUGCCCGUGAGCCAAGUCAGAGCUUCUUCCCGGACGUAGUAACCAGAUCUUUUUCCCGUUUUUCCUAUCAAGUCAUCUCGCGUUUUAUGCCAAAAUUUCACUAGAAGCUUGGUUUCAGGUCUUCAGAUCUUUCAGUCGUAACUAUUCUAGAACUCCUAACCUGAUCUCUAUCAAGCUAGGAAUUAACAAAAGUAGUGAGAAAUUUUUUAGUUAAGAUUUAUAAUAAAGUUUUUUUUUGAAUUUUCCACUCGAGAUAGAAAUCAAACCAACUCAGAGCCCAUUGGCAAAAUAAUCAUAUCAAAUUUAGCAGAAAAAAAUUAUAUAUUUUUUUCGGGUUGGGCAUUGAGUCAAUGAGUUGAAUACAUAAAAAACAAAAAAGUUUCUUGCCGGAUCUUCGAGUCACUUGAAGACUUCCAUAGAUGAAAAACAAACCUUUUCGAUUGUUCGCCGCCCCUUUCCAACACUCACAAAGAAGCCUUAUGAAGUCCUUUGACGCUAUGGAAAUUUCUCAUUGUUUCUAGAAUCUUUUUUUCCAGGACCAAUCUUCUGACGAACGAGCCUUCAAGCAGCAAACGUAAAGAUGCAGCCCCGAUGACCUCGUUACCAUUUUUGAAUCGACCUGCACAGUCAGUUUUCCAUUUAUUUUCGAUAUUCUUUUGUUUAGUGCCGUAGAGACCUCUAGAGUUUCGCUAUUCUUUUUCGAACGCUAUCAAGUUUUCGGCCGCACAAUAAUGGUUCACUUGAUAUGAAAACUCUCGAAGGCCAACUGUUAUAGUUCCGGCACGAAACAUUUUCUAGCGCAACUUUCCAAUUACCUGCUUUUAUGACAAGUUUAUUGUUGCCUCUUUUCUUUCUUUUUGAAGUGCCCAGAAAAAUCGGAAAACCGAAAUUUUCUUUUAUGGAAGUUUGAACAUUUUUUUCAGGGUUUCCUACAUUUCUCCUGAAGACAAAGACGCCGACAAUGGAGUUGAAAAAGGUGGUUAAUAUGAAAACAUGAAUACCUGCGUCAACAUUUCCAUUUCUCUUGAAAAUGAUAUUCCAUGAAAGAAGCUUUAUUGAAAGGAUCCAUCAAGGACUAAUCCUUCUUGGCUCUUAGCCGAAUACGUCACACAUCAGAAAGAUUAGCAGAAUUGUUUCGAGAAGGCGUAGAGUUUAAGUGUAUGAUUUAGGAAAUCGGAAGAAGAAAAGGAAUGUGACGUUGCCGCAGCUCAACAAUAAGUCACCCAGAAAAGCUAAGAAAGAGAAAGAUUUCAUUGAGCGAAGUAAGAGAAUGAAAAGACUAAAGAAAUCAUACUUUGCUACAGUAGAAGAUCAAGCGAGGGUAGCCGUGGCCAAAAUCUCAUCAGAAUCGGAUAGUUCGGUCAAGUCGAUCUCUACAGGCGUACGAUUGAACGAUCAUCUCUCCGCAAGAGCUGUCAACUUACACAGCGCUGGUAUGGUUUUUUUUUAUUGAUUUUUCUUUAAAAAUUUAAAUAUUUCCCGUUUAUGGACGAUCAUCAAAAAUUGAGAAAAAGGAAUUUCAAAGUCUCAUUUUACAUUUUAAUAAAAAGAACACACUAACUUUUCUUUUAUUCAAGUGUUUUGUACAUUCCAAUCGCACCGGCUUUGGAAAUUCUGACCGUUUAUUUGACUUAGCUUUCAAUCGUGCUAGGAAAAGGAAGGCUUCAAAUGAUUCCGAAUAAUGUAUAAAAAAAGAAUCCUACAUAAAAUAUUUUCGAGUUAAAAUUUAGUAUUAGAUAAUUUUUUAUAGGGAAGAGGACGUUCGCUUCUCUUGGAACUCGUCAAAAUGGGAUAAUCAUUAACCGCCCGCUUCAAAACCCUUCUUUAGAAGUUAGCCUACCUCCAAGGUCAGUUGUUUUCUUUUUCAUUUCGAUUGUGGAGAAAUCUCUCAUUUUAGGCAUUUUUUCAAGUCAUUUUGAUUAAAACAUUAAACCUUCUAAUCUUGGCCAAAAAACUGCAUAUCCUGGAAAUGAUUCGCCUGGAUCUUCUUUUUUUUAAAGAAUGUUUUUGUUCCAUAUUGUUGGCGAAAGUUUUGAGCAGUUGAUUCUCAGAAUAUAUGAAAGUUUUGUGAAGUCUCCCACGAUAUAAGUUUAGUUUCGCUCAGUUUGAACUUUCUAAACUUCAAUACCCGUACGAGACUUUUCGUCUGUUACUUUAGAUUUUUAUCUAUCCAUGACCGAACGAUCAACUGAUUUUUAUUUGAAUCGAAUUUCAGUCUAGUGCUUUUUCACAAACCUUUCUGAUCUUUGAAUGCGAUAAGUUUUUUAGAGUGAAAAACAGGAAAGAGGAAGUGGGUCAGAUGUCGUGCCGGCAGAUCAUUAACAUAUUGCAGGUCAAAGUCAUCGCAGGACCUCGAAGCCAGGCUUGAGCCGAGUUACGCGGUUCCUCUGACGCCGUCUCUCGGCAUAUCAAUUUCUCAGUCCAAUAAGGAUCUCAGGGACAUGGCCACCCAAACGAUGAUCCUUCCCGUGCGUUAGUUCCUAAUAAGAAACUAAAAAUACACGUUCAUUCAGUUAUUGAAGUAUAGCCAACGGGGAAGAGGCGCAAGCCCAAUAGUUUUGAGAGUUGCUGAAAAAAAUGCUCCACGUACUUUGAGACGUUGGAACUAUUUACAACUCCUUUUUGGCUUUUAGUCUAGAGCUUCAAAAUUUCCAUUUCCUAUCAUCCCUGUGGAAAUAUGAAAAACCUUCAGUGUUUAUUAAGCAAUGUAACUCGGCUGAAAAGCGUACGAAAAAAGAAUUUACAAAAAGAGCGCACACCUUUUUUGGGCUACAAAAUUGUGCGACUUCCAUAUUGAUGCUGAGAAAACAUUCAGCCCAUUAUUUUCCCAAAAAAGCUGUGUGAACGAUCAGCUUUUACCAGCAUACCAUUUUCAAAAGCACUAUUUGCACGAUUUUGCUAUACUGCAUUCACCGCUGAUUUGAAACAAUAUUUUUCAACGUUCUAGAUGAUUUUGAUGUCUUUUUGGCCAUUUUGUCUCACGCUAGAUGUGAAUGGAGUAUACUUGGAAACAUAGAUUCCACAACCUCAAAAUGAUUUUGUGCAACAGCGUAGUGAGAUCUAGACACAACAUGAAUAAAAUAUAAACGAUAAGAUUUUAACGGCUCUUAUCGCAUCGGAAGCACAUUUGCAAGCUUUUCUUCCUGGAACAAGUACGAACAAGCUUUCGAGAUCUCUGAUUAGAAGCAGUAACGAACCCAUGGCUCAGGCACAAAAAGCCUUUUAACAAUGGCACAAAAGGCGGAUUACUAACAGAACAUGCAUUAGAGCACCGUUGCAGAUUAGCUCGCAGUUGUCGACGACCAGCGUCGAGUUUCUGGAUCCGGCGGCCAAGGGAACUCAGACGGAAGCCGUGCCGCUUGUGAUUGUGCCGCGUCGCAAGAGUGAAGCACCCAUUAACUUGCAGGAUGUUCGUUAUCACUCACUCUAAAAUCAGUUGAUUUCCAAAUGUCGUAAGUACACUCCCCAUCAAGGAAGGUUAUUCAAUGAGGAAGGCUGUUCAUUUGAAAAGCUUGAAGUCUUCCGAGAAAGAAAAAGAUUUUGCGCGGCUGUCAUCUACGCGUAUUUCCUGAUUUAAAAACAUUUUUUCUGUCUAAGAAGAAAAAUUUAGGGUAGUGUUUAUAAAAAACUUUUUCGAACCUGCUUAAAAUGUUUCAAAGAUUUUCUCAUAAAAGUUACCUCACUGGUAAGGUUAUGUCUCAAAAUUAGAAGAGACCUUACUAAGUAAAAGCAUAGCAAAAUUUUUCACUCAAAUUUCGUCAAUCGCUUUUCCACAAACACCGAAAUUGUUGGACUAAGCUGCGAAACAUGUCUGGUUUGGUGUUUGAUUGCCACAGAGACCAUUGAAACGGUUUUCCGAUCUCUUCUCCGCUUUUAUUUAGGGCUACUGACGUCAGUUGACAUCAAAAUCAACGUUUUAUCGCAGAUCGAGGAGCGUGAGGCUCUGAUGGAGGUGAUCGAGGACGCUCUUGGAGAGACUUUUGAUCGAUAUUCCCGAAUUCGGACAAAUCAGAUCAUUGCCAACAGUGCUAGGAAACAGGUAUCAGAAACUUCGAAAAACGUUCUGAUUUUUUGAAAGUCGGGUAAUGGCUUUUUGAUGUUACAAGUGAACAGGUCUUUCAUUGAAAAAUGGAUUGAAAUGAUAUAUAGAGUUGUUUUUAGCUGUUUGACUGAACUCUCUGCUUAUGAAAAAAUUCAUGAAUCCAACUAACGUUAAAUAUGGAGUGUGUUUCGAAAAACCUAAACUACAAAAAUUCUGAAGAAUGAAAUAAAAAAAAGACCAUGUAGCUUGAAGGCCUCAAUGUACAGGAAUCGGAAUAAAUAUUGCACGGCCUUUAAAAUUCCGUUACUCUCAAGUUGAACGGAUUCAGACAAGAUUUUUUUUCAUCGGCAAAGUAUCCAAGUUAGCACAUAUAAUUCAACUUUCGCUCCGACUUUCAUUGGCCUCACUGAGCGCCUUGACUCUCUCGAAAAAAUAUCCGACCCUCGGACACAGAUCGAUCUUGUCAUCCAUUCUUGAUGAUGGAGACCAUCAGCAUGUCCCGAUUGAAAUAGAGUUUUGUCCAGUUCAUCGACUUCGAAUAUAAAUAGGCAGAAUUGUCAAGGGGUUCGAAUCUGGUGAGUAGCCGGUCCAUUCCUUGACCGUCUUGAAAUUGGGCAGAUUGGACUCGCACGAGUCUUGCUCAGCUCGGGGCUUGCAGCUUGACCUAAAAUCUUGGUGGAAGAACCAGCGACGGUUCGCAAAGUGGAAAAAAAAACAGAUUGAAAUUCCAUUGGCAAACAAGAAAGUUGGAAUGAUCGGAAAGUUCGUGCAAUAUUUAUGCCCAUCCCUGUAGUUUUCCGCAUUUUCAUCAAUUUUUGAUUGUGGAGAUGACAUUUGCCGAGUAAAACAAAAUCAGUUCAUCAUUAGUGUCUAUUCUUUAUUUUCUGGAUUCAUAUUAACAUGGUUAUCAUUUCAGGCGCAAAUUUGGCGAGACGCCAAAGAUUUCCUGGCCAAUCAGCUUUUUCCGCAAUCCAUACAAUUGGCCAACAUGAGCACUUCGAGAAAUAGAACGGCCGCAGAAAUUGUCGCCAAUAUUAAAAUUUAUCCUUGA